GCUAGCGUGUUCCUUCCUUCAUUUCUGCCCACCAUUGUCUCUACUUACUUCAUUCUUUCAGUCCAAACUAUCCAAACUAUCGAUUUCUGGCCUCAUUUUCUCUACUGAAGAUACCCCUUGUCUUGAAGGUCACUACUUAUCUUGAUAAUCUGUACCAUGUCGGAUUCUUUCGCAGAUUUAUGGAGUUCGACAGCACCCUCGACGAAGCCUGCACCUCAGAAGCUAGGAUCGUACUCUUCCGUGUCUAACCAGGGAGUACGGCAGACGCAGAAUGAUAUUUUCUCCAUGCUUUCGUCAGCGGGUUCCUCAGCACCUGGAUCCCGCUCAAUGACACCGGCAUCAAGGACUGUUUCGCCUCCAGGACCGCCUCCUUCGAACCCAGCUUCAUCAGGAGACGCAUUUAGUGGCCUUCUUUCGGGAACAUUAGCUUCCAAGCCGCCCUCACAGAUGACGAUAGCGGAACGGGCCGCGGAAGCAGAGCGAGAGAGGAUGGAAAAGUUGCAGCAGUCACAUAGGGCAGCACCUAUACAAACAUCUUCAGCAUGGGAGGGACUAGAUAGUUUGGGACAGAAAUCUUCUCCGUCCGUGGUGUCGACGUCGCAGUCGUUCAGCGAUGAUGACUGGGGAUUUGGUACAUCGUCUCCCGGCACUUCAAAACCUGCUGCGUCCACUGCUGUUGCCGACGACGACGACUGGGGACUCGCUGAUUUUGGGCCAUCCACCAAGCAGUCGCAAAAAUCAUCUCCAAAGCCAGCGACGCGAACCCAGAAUAUAUGGGAUAUGGAUUCAAAUCAAGAACCAUUUAGACGAGGGACAGAUUCUCCCAGUAACGAUUUUGACUUUGGAGACCAUGAGGAUGAAUUGUUGGGUUCUCAUGCUCAGGGCACGGCCUACGAUGAUGAUAUUUUGGGUGAACUUGGGAGGCCUGUUGACGUCGUGCCCCGACGACCUUCACCGGGUAACCAAGGCUCAGCACAAACGCCUCAACCCUCACGCCAAUCGCCCAUACGAACAGUCUCUCCUCCUCCCCAUAUUCUUGGACAACUUGUCGAAAUGGGAUUUUCUAUACAGCAAGCCAGGAUCGCUCUCGCUUCAACAGACUCAGGUCUAGAUGUUGAAGCUGCUCUAGAAACCCUUCUCAACAAUGGCGCUGGCAAUAGUUCACAGUCUACACCUCCCCCGACACUCCCUCGUCGUCCACCUCUCCCAGGAAGGGACAGUAGUAAUAAUUCAAGUCAAUCCAGUACGCGACAUAAAGAGCGCGAGCGGUCCACGUCGUCCCCAUCAGCAUCCCAUGCAGAGAGCAACAUUCAAGAACAGGCAGACAAGCUGUUGGCUCAAGCAAGCGAGUUGGGUUUGAGCUUCUUCAAUAAAGCAAAUGCCGCUUGGAAGGAAGGCCGGGAGCGAGUACAGAAAGCUUAUGCUGAACGAGUUGGGGCGGAUACCGCCGGUGACAGUCGAUCAGGCAGUCGGACGAGCAAUACCCAUGGUCGUCCCAAAUGGAUGCAAACUGACGAUAGUUGGAAGGCCGAUAAUGAUAAGCAGCCGCCGCCGAAUGGAAGCACCGGCCGUUUCGCAGAUGAGAGGAAAACGAAGAGUCCAUUGCCAAUAUCAGGCCAAUCAUCCAACCCCCAGCCCAGACCUCAGCCAAAGGCCGUUGAUCUCUUUUCGACGAUGGACGAAGCCUCGGUCGCAUAUGUAUCUCCCUUCCGACGAGGUAAACCCAAGGUUACCUCCCCCGUUCAAAAUCCCCAGCCUGUACGGGUUACGACACCAUCUCCGUCCUUAAAACCCCUCAUAUCCGCAUCCUCCUCCUCGAUUUCCACUUCUCAGUCUCACAAGAACCUCGGAGCUGAGAAAUUCAAGCUCGGUCAAUAUGGUGAAGCCGAGUCUGCUUACACGCAAGCUAUAGAUUGCCUGCCAUCUGGUCACCUACUCUUAGUGCCAUUAUACAACAACCGGGCCUUGGUUCGGCUAAAGACGGGCGACUACAAUGGUGCUGCUGGAGACGCAGGGACUGUCGUCGAGUUGGUUGGCGAGACGACCUGGCGGGACGAACAAGCACGAGUGAAGACCUCCGAAGAGGGCGCUGGCGUCGACCUUGGUGAUGGCCUAGUCAAAGCGUGGAGACGACGAGCCGAGGCAUUGGAAGGGAGAGAAAAGUGGGACGAUGCUCGCAAAGACUGGGAAAAGGUCGCGGGGGCCAACUGGGCUGCGUCUAACAUGAGAGGGGAAGGCGUACGGGGUGUUGGACGGUGUCGGAAGAUGGUUGCUGCUGAGAAGCAAGAGACAUCCGUUCCACCACCAAGAACGGCGAAACCUAGACCUGUCCCUGCGCGACCCCCUCCCAGACGCGGGCCUACCCCGCCCUCACAGGCGCUAUCGAAUUUAAAGAAGGCCAACGAUGCUGCCGAAGCUGAGGACAAUGCAAAGUACGAGUUGAAGGACGUAGUCGAUGGUAAACUUUUAGCGUGGAAGGGGGGCAAGGAGACGAACAUUCGUGCACUGAUCGCGAGUUUGGAUUCGGUGCUUUGGCCUGAACUCGGUCUGCAGAAGACCAGUAUUGCGGAACUUGUCACGCCUGCGCAGGUGAAGAUCAGGUACACCAAGGCCAUUGCGAAGCUGCAUCCUGAUAAGCUUAACCCGAACAACUCGACCUUGGAGCAGAGGAUGAUCGCCAAUGGAGUGUUUGGCACCCUUAAUGAGGCUUGGAAUGCUUUCAAGCAGUAGACGCGCUCCGUUUAGAUUUCUUUUGGGCUAAAUUUAUUCACCUUCACACAUCUUUCAUUCGGAACGAACAUUAGGAAUAUUAAUACAUACUUUACCCUCAAGGUUCGACGAACACUCUUAACCUCAACCUCUC